AGCACGGGGGGACGUGGGGUGGGGGAACCUCUUAUUUCAUUUAAUGAAAAUAAAAUUGAAUAUGGACCCCCUGGGCUGCGUCCAGCGGUGACGGUGCCAGCCCCGAGCCCUCCCGGCUGAGCCGGCUCCCCGAGCCAUCCAGCUUCCCCGGACCACUUUUACACCCUCACCUCCAUCCUCUCCGCUCCCUUCAGUGGAGGGAGGAAGCCGGUGGCCAGUUUGAGCUGGAGCGAGGUGGAGGCAGAGCUGGUGGUGUUCCCACGGGCUGGGCAGGGGUGUCCCAGGGAGGAUUUGGCAGGCAAAGUGGACGGGCAGAAGGCAGAACGUUUCCAGCCCCGGUUCUGGCUGCCGUACGCUGCACCAUCCCUGCGGAGUGUGGCUGUGGUUUGCUGUGUCCACCAGGCUCUGGGGAAGCAGGACCGUAGGGGUUCACCAUCCCAGCUCCAGCAUCCCCACAGGGUGGGAUUGUGAGGAGCACUGAGGGAGAAGGCUGAGGGGAGAAGAGGCAGCUGCCAGGAAGGAGGUUGCGGUGAGGUGAGUGCUGGGCUCUGCUCCGAAGGAACAAGUGAUGAGGUCUGAGGAAAUGACAUCAAAUUGUGCCAGGAGAGGUUUAGAUUGGAUAUUAGGAACAAUUUCUUUGCUGACGGAGUGGUGAAGCCCUGGCAGAGGCUGCCCAGGGCGGUGGGGGAGCCUCCGUCCCUGUGGGGUUCCAACCGUGUGUAGAGGUGGCACUUCAGGACGUUGUUUAACAGAGGCGGUGAGGUUGUGUUGGGGGUUGGACGGGAUGAGCUCAGAGGUCUUUUGCAGCCUCAGUGAUUCUGUGAUUCUCCGAUUCCAUCACAUUCUCGCUGGAGCCCUGCUCGCUGCCGUGUUCGGGCAGGAGAGAGAUGCAAUCAGCACCGGGUUAAUUAUUGCUGGGCAGGGAAGGGCUGCUGCCCGCGCGGGAAGCAGAGCGCGGCGCUGGGGGCGGCUGCGUGUUCGGAGGCCGGUGUCGGUGCCGCUGCCGCCUGCCCGGCGCUGGCGGUGCAGGAGCAGUCGGGGAGCCCCGGCUGAGCCUGUUUGCUUAGCAGGAGGAGGAAAGGUGCUGUGUUUGCUUUGGUCUCUGGCACGCAGGGCCCUGGGCACCGACAGGGCGAGAGUCCCGGACGCAGCGGGGUUUGCCCAAGCCGUGCAUCACCCCGUGGGCUGGGCACACCUGGGCUCGGGGCACAGCGUGGGCAGAGGCGGCUCCACGUGUCCGGGAGCUGUGGCUGGUUCUCCAGGAGCCUCCUGGGCUGGGACACGGCCAAGGGUCGGCCAGGAGACAUCUCUUCAUGCUGUGGUGAUGUUACUUGGAGACUCAGGCGUGGGGAAAACCUGCUUCCUGCUCCAGUUCAAAGACGGGGCCUUUCUCUCCAGGACGUUCAUAGCCACCGUGGGCAUAGAUUUCCGGAACAAAGUGGUGGCUGUGGAUGGUGUGAAGGUGAAGUUGCAGAUCUGGGACACAGCAGGACAGGAGCGUUUCCGCAGUAUCACUCAUGCCUACUACAGGGAUGCGCAAGCCCUGCUCCUGCUCUACGAUAUCACCAGCAAGAUGUCCUUUGACAACAUCCGAGCCUGGCUGACGGAGAUCCACGAGUAUGCCCAGAAAGACGUGGUCAUCAUGCUGUUGGGCAAUAAGGCUGACGUGAGCAGCGAGAGGGCCGUGAGGACGGAGGAUGGAGCGUCGCUGGCCCGGGAGUACGGGGUGCCUUUCAUGGAGACGAGCGCCAAGACGGGCAUGAACGUGGAGCUGGCGUUCCUGGCCAUCGCCAAGGAGCUGAAGCAGCGCGCGGCGCAGCAGCCGGACGAGCCCCGCUUCGAGAUCCGUGACUACAUCGAGUCGCAGAAGAAGAAAUCCGGCUGCUGUGCCUUUGCCUGAGCGCGGCCGGGAGGAGCGGGGCCCAAUCCUGCCCUCGAGCGCCCGAGGGAGCGGGGCUCCGACAAGCCGGGCCUGGACAGGACAAUGCGGAGCAGCGGGCGUGUGGAGAGCCAUCCCCACGCUGCCAGGAGCCAGGGGCCGGAUCCUGCUGCCCUGCAGAGCGAUGCCCGGAGCCUGCUGUGUGCCACCGGGGCAGUAACCAUGGUGUGACGCCCGCCAGCCUGGCCAGCGAGCCGCGGUGACGCCUCCAUCACCCAGCAGGAUGCAGGAUACGGCCCCGUGCGCAGCUGAGGCCCCCCUGGAGCGUCUGGCGGGCCGUGUGUGUGCUGUGGGUGAGCCCCACGCAGCCGCUGACUCUCUCCUGCCCCACGGCCAGCCCUGCUCUGGUCCCGCUGGAAGGGCCUGAUCCAGCCCCCACGCCCCGGUGCUGGGGGGCUCUGGCUUCCCCCCACACCUGGUGCAGGCGCUGCCCGCGCUCAGCCAUGGAUCCUUGCGGCUGCGGUUGCUGCUGUCGGCUUUUAUCCCCCUGCCACUGCCAGGGCAGCGGUGCCCCCGCUGUGUCCCAGUUCUGCUGGAGGCAAGGACUGGGAUGGGGGAGCAUCCAGCCAAGCCCGAUGCCUGCCCACGCAGCUGGAGGGGGAAAGAAAACUCGCAGAGCGAUGCUUGGGGCACUGCUGGCACACACGGCAAUUUGGAAAAACCUUUAUUACCCCCAUUUUGGAGCUGCAGGAAUUAGAAGUGUUGCUUUUUUUUUUUUUUUUUAACCAAAGAAGCCUUUUUCUUUUUAACCCCUCCAAACCAAACCAUCUCUGGCCUCCCAGGGGCUGGGCUGGAGGUGCCCGCGGUGCCGGGUUUUUCUGCACAUGCAAUGCAACUGCUCCUUCACGCCGCUGGCAAAGAGCUGAAACCCAGUCUGAAAAGCAGAGGGCUCAUCUCAAUCUCCCCUCUUUCAGCUCCAAACCAUUCCCCUCAACCUGUCCCUGCAGUCCCUGAUCAAGAACCCCUCCCCAGCUUUCUUGGAGCUCCUUUCCAUACUGGAAGCUGCUCUAAGGUCCCCCUGGAGCCCUCUUCUCCAACCCCGACUCUCUCAGCCUGUCCUUGCACGGGAGGUGCUCAGCCCUCGCCUCGCCGCACCCUGGGCACUGUCCUGGGCAGUGGGACAGUGGAUAUUUGGUUUUUUAGCCAAAGUUGUGCAGGACAGCUGCGGAGGGUACAGCCCUGCUGCGCGUAGGAGUGAGGGACCAACCGGCACGUCCAUCCCCGCCAGCAUCUUCCCUGGCCCCGUGCCCGGAGCCGCUCGCCUCUCGCUGGCCCUGGGGCCUCCUUCGCCUCUGCUCGGUGUCUCUUUGCAAGUUUACAGACUAAAGCUGAGUAUUUUCGAGGCUUUGCAUCUGCCUGCGCCUUUUAUUAUUGCGUGAGAAAUCCCUGCCCCGGGUCUGUGCCGUGGGAGGGUGCUGAGCGCAGGGCCGGGGGAGCCGUGGGGAGGGG